AUGGCUUUAGUGCUACUGAUGGGUAUACCGGGUUCCGGUAAGACAUACCUAUGUAGAGAAUUGAAAGAGAAAUUUGGCGAUGAGAUUUGUGCUACGUUCUCGUACGAUGACAUCUUCAAUGAUGAUGGUUUUAUGAAGUACAUAUGGGGUAGCGAAUAUACCGAUAAAAUUGUGGUAGUAGAUGUACCACUUACUAUAGCUCUAGAACGGAAUAUGCAACGUCCGAUGAAGCGUCGCAUUUCGGAGGAUACCAUUCGAAAAAUUAAUCAACAAAUGGAAUUACCAUCAAAUGAUGAUAGUAGUUUUAUCAUCUAUCAAUCAACGAAUGAUUUGCAACCAUUAGUUGAACAUAUUGAUCAUAUUAGAUGGAAAAAAAAUCUAUGGAUUAUUUCAAAUAAUAUUAGGUCAAAGAUAUCUAAGGAAAAUGAUGAAAUAUCAUCAAAAGAUGGAAAAUGGAUGAAAUUAGAGCUUGAUUUGCGUAAAUGUAUUAGUGAAUUAAUUCGAGAGAAAAAAAUCGGUAAGAAUGGUGAUGUAUUAGCUAAAAUAAAGAAAAAUCUCUAUUGGAGAAUACGAACAAAAGAUGUAAUUAAUUGGGAUAUGGAAGAAUUAAAAAAUAUUUUAUGGAAAGAAUAUCAGGAAUCUUAG